CGGCUGUUUUGCCCCUCGCCCUACUACAGCUCUCUCGGGCGGGCAGGCAGGCGCCCAGGAGCGGAAGUACAGAAAGGUUACUUCCAGGUGAAUCGCGGGGGCCAGGCGAGAUGAGUUCUCAGAGAGGGAACGUGUCCCGGACGCGAGCUCAGCGGCACCAGAAUACUCAGGUCUUCCGAAAUGACAAGUAUGACACGAGCGCCCAGCGAAAGAAAAUUAAUGCAAAGCUCCAUGAAGGGCUCUGCCAACACUGUAAGGAGGUCCUGGAAUGGCGUGUGAAAUUCAGCAAGUACAAACCAUUAACCCAGCCUAAAAAAUGUGUGAAAUGUCUGCAGAAGACUGUAAAGGAUUCGUAUCACAUUGUCUGCAAGCCGUGUGCCUGUGAACUCAAUCUUUGUGCCAAGUGUGGGAAAAAAGAAGAAAUUGUGAUUCCGAUUGAGAUGAGUCUGGAGAAACCUGAGAAGGAGCCUUCCACAACUGAUCCAAGGAGAAGGGAUAGAAGGAGAGGAUCCGAGGAAGGCAGUGAAUUGAACUUAAGUGACCUGGAGGAUGACCAUGAAGAGCUGGAUUCACUUGUGAAGCAGGUUAAAGACUUUAAAAUGCAAAGGACAGGAAACUAAUCAUCUCUCCAAAGAAACAGUUUUCAGGACACAUUCUAUUUGUAACCAGAAGACUGUAUGCCUAAAGGAGGCAGCUUGUCUUUUUAUCAAACAGACAUGAAACCCAAUUUACAGUGUAAGGCUCAUUGCAUUUGGAACAAUUUGUGCUAAUUUUAUAGAUGAAUUUUCUUAAUUUAUGAGCCAAAUCUACUGGAAGAUCUUGCAUUUAUGUAUAUAUAAUUACAUGUUUAUUGGUUCUUGCUGUCA